GGAAGAAACCCAUAAACAUAGUUUUCAAAUAAUUUUCAUUUCUUCUCUGAGUCAUCAUCUUCCACCACCACCUCCGUCAAUUCCAGUCCCCACUCCUUCCCUCCACUCUCUUUCUCUCUCCUACCGCAACCACUUCUCUCAAUUUCACUCCUCAAUCCACCAUCUCACUCUUAACUCCUAACUCCCGCAUUCGCUUUCGCAUUUAUUUACUCUUGCAUUUUCAUUUCAUCUGCAUUUCGCAGCUUCUCGGCACCGAUACUGAUCUCCAUGCGGUGGUGAAUCCGGGAACGGUUAUUUCAGAUCUACACGUGGCCACGCCAGAUCCGAACGCUGCGCGAUGGAGGAAGCGCUUGAGCUCGCACGCGCCAAGGACGCCAAGGAGAGGAUGGCCGGCGUGGAGCGCCUCCACGAGGUUCUCGAAGCUUCUAGGAGGAGCCUAAGUUCCGCCGAAGUCACCUCGCUCGUCGAAUGCUGCCUGGAUCUCUUGAAGGACAGCAGCUUCAAGGUCUCGCAGGGCGCGCUUCAGGCGCUCGACUCCGCCGCCGUCCGCGCUGGCGACCACUUCAAGCUCCACUUCAAUGCGCUCGUUCCUGCCGUCGUUGAACGGUUAGGUGACGCCAAACAGCCCGUCCGCGACGCCGCCAGACGCCUCUUGCUCACUCUCAUGGAGGUUUCAUCUCCCACAAUAAUUGUUGAAAGAGCAGGGUCCUUUGCUUGGACGUGCAAAAGCUGGAGAAUCAGAGAGGAAUUUGCACGAACUGUGACUUCUGCUAUUGGUCUAUUUUCAGCAACCGAGCUUCCUCUUCAACGUGCUAUUCUUCCUCCUAUUCUGCAGUUGCUUAAUGAUCUGAAUCCCGCUGUUAGGGAAGCUGCUAUUUUGUGCAUUGAGGAGAUGUAUGCACAAGCUGGGUCCCAGUUUCGUGAUGAACUUCAGCGCCACAAUCUCCCUUCUUCUCUGGUGAAAGCUAUUAAUGCCAGACUUGAGGGAAUUCAACCAAAAGUUCAAUCUUCAGAUGGUAUUGCUAGUGGUUAUAUUGCUGGGGAAAUCAAGCCUGUGGGUGUUAAUCCCAAAAAAAGUAGUCCAAAGGCUAAAAGUUCAUCAAGGGAGAGCUCUCUUUUUGGAGGAGAAGGUGAUGUUACAGUGAAAGUCAUAGACCCCAUCAAGGUGUAUUCAGAGAAGGAGUUAAUCAGAGAAAUCGAUAAGAUUGCUGCUACCCUUGUACCAGAAAAGGACUGGUCAAUUCGUAUUGCUGCCAUGCAAAGAAUUGAAGGUCUUGUUUUGGGAGGUGCUACUGAUUAUCCAUGUUUCUUUGGACUCCUGAAGCAGCUUGUAGGGCCUUUAAGUACACAAUUGUCAGAUCGAAGGUCUAGCAUUGUGAAGCAGGCUUGCCAUCUAUUAUGCUUUUUGUCAAAGGACCUCUUGGGUGCUUUUGAAGCAUGUGCUGAAUUGUUCAUACCAGUCCUUCUGAAGCUAGUUGUGAUUACUGUGCUCGUAAUUGCAGAAUCUGCAGAUAACUGCAUAAAAACGAUGUUGCGCAACUGCAAAGUUGCUCGUGUGCUUCCUCGGGUAGCUGAUUGUGCAAAAAAUGAUCGUAGUGCUGUACUUCGUGCAAGGUGUUGUGAUUAUGCUCUUUUGAUACUAGAACAUUGGCCUGAUGAAGCAGAAAUACAACGAUCGGCUGAUUUAUACGAGGAUAUGAUAAGGUGUUGUGUUUCAGAUGCAAUGAGUGAGGUGCGGUCAACUGCAAGGAUGUGUUACAGAAUGUUUGCAAAGACUUGGCCAGAUCGUUCCCGCCAUCUGUUUUCAUCCUUUGACCCUGCUAUUCAAAGGUUAAUUAAUGAAGAGGAUGGAGGAAUGCAUAGGAGACAUGCAUCACCUUCUGUACGUGAUAGAGGUGCAUUGAUAUCAAUAACUAGUCAAGCUUCAGCUCCCUCUAAUCUAACUGGUUAUGGAACUUCUGCUAUUGUUGCAAUGGAUAGAAGUUCAAGUUUAUCAUCAGGGACUUCUAUUACCUCUGGCUUUCUUUCACAAGCCAAGGGUACUGAACGCAGUUUGGAAAGUGUGCUGCAUGCAAGCAAACAGAAGGUCACUGCUAUUGAAAGCAUGCUUAGGGGAUUGGAUCUGUCGGAUAAGCAUGGUACAUCAGUUCUCCGGUCUUCGAGUUUGGAUCUAGGAGUUGACCCUCCCUCAUCUCGUGAUCCACCAUUCCCUGCUGCUGUCUCAGCAUCUAAUCAUCUGACUAGCUCUUUAAUGACUGAGUCAACUGUUUCUGGUGCCAACAAAGGUAGUAACCGCAAUGGUGCUUUGGGUCUGUCUGACAUAAUUACCCAAAUUCAAGCUUCCAAAGACUCUGGUAGGUUAGCAUAUAGUACUAAUGUUGGUAUUGAGCCUUUAUCAGCAUAUUCAUCAUACUCAAUUAAGAGACCUUCUGAGAAAUUACAAGAAAGAAGUUCUGUUGAUGAAAAUAGUGACAUCAGGGACACUAGACGAUAUAUGAACCCCAAUGUAGAUAGGCAGUAUAUGGAUACCCAUUACAGAGAUGGCAACUUUAGAGAUUCACAGAAUAGUUAUGUGCCUAAUUUCCAGAGGCCACUAUUGAGAAAGAAUGUAGCUGGACGUGUGUCUGCUGGCAGCAGGAGGAGUUUGGAUGAUAGCCAAUUAUCUCCUGGAGAGAUGUCAAUUUAUGCAGAUGGACCAGCAUCUCUUCAUGAAGCUCUGAGUGAAGGACUUAGCUCAGGUUCUGAUUGGUCUGCUAGGGUUGCUGCCUUUAAUUAUCUUCACUCUUUGUUGCAGCAAGGUCAAAAGGGAAUUCAAGAAAUAGUCCAGAAUUUUGAGAAGGUAAUGAAGUUGUUUUUUCAGCACUUGGAUGAUCCCCAUCAUAAAGUUGCGCAGGCUGCUCUCUCCACACUUGCAGAUAUUAUUCUGGCAUGUAGAAAGCCCUUUGAGGGUUACAUGGAACGGAUGUUACCCCAUGUGUUUUCUCGGUUAAUUGAUCCCAAAGAGCUAGUUAGGCAAGCCUGCUCAAUGAAUUUGGAAGUGGUUAGCAAAACAUACAGCAUAGAUUCUCUCUUGCCUGCACUGCUACGCUCGCUAGAUGAACAAAGGUCUCCAAAGGCAAAAUUGGCUGUUAUUGAGUUUGCAAUAAGUUCCUUUAACAAGCAUUCAAUGAAUCCGGAAGGUGCUGCUAAUAUUGGCAUUCUAAAAUUAUGGCUUUCCAAGUUAGCUCCAUUGGUUCAUGAUAAAAAUACAAAACUUAAAGAAGCUGCUAUUACAUGCAUCAUAUCUGUGUACUCUCACUUUGAUUCAUCUGCAGUUUUGAAUUUUAUUCUUAGUUUGUCAGUUGACGAACAAAAUUCUUUGAGACGAGCCCUUAAACAGCGCACCCCUCGUAUUGAAGUAGACUUAAUGAAUUAUCUGCAGAACAAGAAAGAGCGACGCCCCAAAUCUUCCUAUGAUCCAUCUGAUGUAGUUGGAGCAUCACCUGAAGAGGGAUAUACUGGUUUAUCCAGGAAAGCUCAUUACCUUGGAAGGUAUUCAGGUGGUUCACUGGAUAGUGAUGGUGGCAGGAAGUCAAGUUCCCAAGAUUCCUCUCUGAUUAAAGCCAAUCUUGGCCAAGCAGUUUCUGAUGAAUCUGAGGAACAUACUGAUUCUAAUAGUGGUAUUUUUGGUUUAAAAACUAAAGAUCUUGCUUACACAGUCAAUUCAAUGAGUCAAAACUUUGGCUUUCAAACUAGCCAAGUUGGACAUGUGGAUGGUAGCAUGAAUUUUGAAGGUCUAUCAUCUGAUAUGGAUAUUAAUGGUCUGAUGUCAUCAGAACAUUUAAAUAUUGCUGAAGACUUUGGACUUGACAAAGAACAUCCCUCUGAAUUGAACCAUAAUCAUCAGUCAGUUGAAGGUGUGAAAGAAAACUACAUGACUGACACUGGACCCAGUAUUCCUCAGAUUCUUCAUAUGAUAUGCAGUGACGGUGCUGGAAGCCCUAUUUUGAGCAAGCGGACUGCACUUCAACAGCUAGUUGAAGUGUCUAUAGCUAAUGAUCAUUCGGUUUGGACUCUGUACUUCAAUCAGAUUUUGACAGUUGUGCUUGACGUGCUGGAUGAUUCAGAUUCCUCAAUCAGAGAACUUGGUCUGUCUCUGAUAGUUGAAAUGCUUAAAAACCAGAAAGAUGCCAUGGAGACUUCUGUUGAGAUCGUUGUUGAAAAGCUGCUUAAUGUUACAAAGGAUAUUCUUCCCAAGGUCUCAAAUGAAGCAGAGCACUGCCUCACCAGUGUUUUAUCUCAGAAUGAUCCGUUUAGAUGUUUAAGUGUUAUUGUUCCUCUAUUGGUUACUGAGGAUGAGAAAACUCUUGUCACUUGCAUAAAUUGCUUAACAAAGCUUGUGGGGCGUCUCUCUCAAGAGGAACUGAUGGCUCAGUUACCCUCUUUUCUGCCUGCUUUGUUUGAAGCUUUCGGAAACCAGAGUGCUGAUGUUCGCAAGGUCAAAUUCAGUGUUGUAUCGAAUCAACAAAACUCAGUCAAUUAAACAUGCUUCAUGAACUCAAAUCAGCAAAGCAACAGGAAAACAGAAACAUUAAUCGGUGAAAACAAAAUGAAUACACAAAUUUUAUUGAAUAGAAACAUGCUUACAACCAAUGGUUCGGUGGAAGUGGAAUGCAAACUCACUGAGAAGGAAAAUCUUUGGUGCUAAGCUUACUAUGCGGUCUUAAGCUCCAAGAAUGAUCCAAAAAGUGUAGAAAAGUGCAGCAGAAUGAUAGAAGAAAUGGUGUCUUUGUGGGUGAUGAAUGAAUGGAUCUCUAAUGGUGUAUGGAUGAUUGGUCCCUAGUAUGAGAAUGUUUCGUGCAUAUAACUAUUGUACCAGAACCAAUACAACCUAUUACAAGUCAUCCUAACUCCUAACUAACAAAACUAACUAAUUACCUAUACUAACUACUCUAACUUUGACCCUUAACCUAGGUAACCUUAUUCCAACAUCUGCCAUUGGCUUGUGUAGGUCAGUCCUUCUAUUCAUUGUUGUCUAACUCGAGGAUAGUAAGUGGAUCGGAAAGGGAAUGAAAACUCAUAACUCGAGGAUCGUAACUCGACUCAUUAGAGUUACUACUAGAUAAAAAAAUUAUAUUAUUUAAAUAGAUACAUCGUUUAAAAUAAUAUAAAUGAUAAAAACAACUCAUUAUGAUUCAUAAAAUGAGUUCAUAACAAUUAAAAUAGGAGAAGAAAGUGUUCGUGACAGGUGAAGCUCUUUGGGUAUCGUAUGAGUUUCUUUUUUUAAGGUGUGAAACUGGUUUUUCUUUUGAGCUGAAAAAGAGUUAACCUAACCUAAAAGAAAAGGAGGGAAACAAGUUGGGUUUUGGGCUGGGUCGGGUCUGUUUUUACCAAAACAUGGAGCGGGUCUGUCUUUUACUAAAACAUGAAGUGGGGGUCUGUAUUUUAAUAAAAUAUGUUGUCGUUAAACCCUAAUCCCAUUUUUUCUCCUUUCGAACCUAUCUUCAACCUCACCAUGAAAGAUUGACAGGGAGCACGAUCCUCUGAUCUCGCGAACAAACUCAGAAGAUCACUCUGAUUCAGUGAACUUCCGAUCCAGCUGGCAUGGGGUGUGAAAACUCGCAGGAUCGUGUGAGUUUGCGAGUAAAAUCGCAAUUUUGACAACAUUGUUUCUAUUCCUUUGGACUCUUCAAACUCCUGUCAUGUUGUAGAGGGUAAACAAAGCCAACAGACUCAUAGCAGCUUCAGCUCCACUUCUCAAAUAGCUUUUCACGUGCUAGGCUUGUGUGGUAUCCUUUUGACCUCUUCAUCAUGGUUCAUCCAACUCAACAACCUCUUUUAGGUUAGGAACAACUCCAAAACCUCCGCACACACUCCCCCUUGCAUGCAGAACCACAAAAAUCAGAUUAGAAUUAGUAUGCUAAAACUUAACUACACUAGUCAACUAAGCAAGUGCAAAUUGGAAUUAGAGAUUGGAAAAAGUCAACUGUUGGUCAACUAUGCUGAAAAAGUCAACUUUGCAUUAUUUGAUGAGGCUUGACUGAUUUGGUUGCUUUCAAUAAUCAUUUCAAUGCUAACUUUGCAUCUUUUGGCUGCAUUAGACUUACAAAACUCAAACUAAGGUUACUCAAGCUAAGGACUCUACCUAAUGACACUAAACUAGGCAACCUACUAUGCCAUAUUUCAUUUAAGCACUAAAACUUCACUAGACAUAAUACUAACUUGCUUCAAAACUGACUCUAAACUCACAAUUAUUAGAAUGCACACAAACACAAAUCUAAACCAACUAGACUAAUUAGCUAAGAACAUUAAUUCUACUUUAUACUACAUAUUCUACCAUAUGGAUCACUACUAACUCUGUCUACUCGAACUAGAAUAUUAACAACCUAUCUAAAAUACUAUCCUCUAAACUAAACUCGGUAUCCCUAAAAAGGCUUAAUUAAGCUAAUUUCACAAAACUAGUCUAAAAAACUAAUGAAGCUAAAUCUAAGCUAAAUACUCUCGUUUACAACUUAAAUCUUCCCAAAACAGUACAAAAAUCCGAGAAAAAUUAUAAAGAUAAGGGACCUUUCAAGCAUAUAGAUUGUAUUCACCAAGUUUGGAACUUAUGAACUCAAUUGAGGUCUCCUUAUAAAGACUUGGCCAAAAUAUUCAAUUUCUGUGUUUGAUUUUCUUGGGACACAAAAUUAGAGAUAAUUUGAUGUGCUCUUUGAUUAUCACUAUACAACUUCAUUUGAUGAAUCCCAAAAUUUCAAUUCUUGGGGAAGUUGUUUGAGCCACGAGUUUGCUUGUGAUUGAAGCCAUGUCCUUUUACUCAACUUCAAGCCUAAAUUGAGCAACUACAUUUUGUUUCUUGAUCUUGUAAGAAAAAAAAUAUUGCCUUCCAAUAGAUACAAAUACCCAGUAGUGGAACUUUUAUAGAUAGAGGUCCCAGCCCAAUCAAGAUCACAUGACCUCAAAAUUUUGGUAUUUUCUUUAUGCUUAUUGGAGAUCCCAUAACGAAUAGAAAUAAUGUGAGUUUAAAGUAUAUAAGUGGCUGUAAACCUCAUUUUACAAUUCGGUUUUGUAAGGUUGAGUUAGGUUUAAAGUCCACUUUUUAACAUGGUAUUGAAGCCAUGAGUUAGAGCCUAUCCUAAUGAGAGUUUGUUGGGCCUAUCGUGCCACCUGCUAUCAGAUCAUUAUUGGACCAUCCAUUAAUGUCUAGUCUUAUGCUUGAGAAGUAUAUGCCUUGACGUGAGGUGGGGGUGUCGGAGAUCCCACAUACCAAAGAUAAGGUGGGUUUAAAGUAUAUAAGUGGGUGCACAUCUCACAUUAUAAGCCGGUUUUGUAAAGUUGAGUUAGACUUAAAAUUUAUUUCUUAACAAUGUGCAUAAAAAAUCCUUGUCUUGGAGCCUUCUUUUGGUACUUGAGAAUGAGUUACAAUAUUCAGUGAUCGAAAUGAGGGGCUUGCACAAAUUGACUAACAACUCCAACUGAAAAAAAUAGGUCAGGUCUAGUAAUCAUGAGUUUAAUGAGCUUCUCAACACGUCUUCUAUAUUUCUCUUUGGAUCUAGAAAAGGUUCUCCUUGUUUUGUCUGACUUAUGAUUAGGGUCCACAUGGCUAUUUAUUGACCUGCAUUCAAUUAGUCCUAUAUCUUUGAAGAUAUCUAGAUGAUACCUUCCUUUAAUUGAGCCACUUUAGGACACAAUAUUUUAAGCCACUUUAGUUUGGAAAUGGUUGCAUAAAUGUCUUUCCACCUGAGAAAUUUUAGGCAGUAUGUUUUUUUUUUUUUAAUAACUGUCAUCAUCAACAUACAUGAUUAAGUCAAAGACAUUUACUAGGAAAAGUGUGACAAAAGAAAAUUGAAUGAUUUGCCUCACUACACUUUAGUCUGGAAUUUGCACAAGGUAAUUAAAUUUCCCAAACCAAGCUUGUGGGAUUUUUUAAUCCCAUAGAGAAAUUGAUGGGCUUUAAAGACUAAGUCACUCCCUUGUGUAAUGAAGCCAAUAGGUUGCUCCAUAUAGUCACCACGGAGAUAAACAUUUUCUAUAUUUGAUUGAUGAGAGGCCAAUGGUGAACGACUAACAGAUCCUAGAAGAAUCAUGCAAUAGUAUUCUUAACCAUAGAGGAAAACGCAUUUUGAUAAUAAGUCCAUAUUUUUUAGUAUACACCUUGAUUACAUUUCUAGCCUUAAGACAAUCCAGUUGGCCAUUGGGCCCUACUUUGACUAUGUAGACCCAUUGACAUCCAAUUACCUUUCCGAGGGACCAACUAUCAUGCCACUGUUUACAAGAGCUUGCAUUUCAAUAAUCAUGGUGAUGUCGCCGUUCAGGAUGAACAAAUGCUUCAUUUAUAUUUCUUAGAAUAUGAACAAAAGACAAAAGAUGGAGAAAA